CCUGACCUGGGCUCUCUUAGUUUACAUCUACAUCGGAACACAUUUCAGGAUGCGCGCCGUGCAAGUGUUGAUGGUGGUACUUGCAGCCGCUGCCCCGGCUGCCGCUCAGCUCGAGUUCCUCAAUAACCUGGUCGGAGGUGGAUAUCUGCCUCCUGAUAACGAACCCGCUGGAGGAUCCAACUGUGAAAAUGCCAUUCAAACAACCACCAUUGUCGAUAUUCAAACACAACGAGUGGACCAGCCCAUUACAGUAGACCGCACCCGCACUGCCCAAGCCCAAGCUGUAGUGACAGAAGUACAGGCUGUCACCACCACCAUGGUGCAGACAGAGAGCCGCCAGGUUGAAGUUCCUGUUACUCGAACCUAUGAGCAGGUUGCGCAGGCAGUGCAGACACGCAUUGCUGAAGUUCCUUUCCAGCCUGAACCUGUAGUGCAGCAGGUGACUCAGACUACCGUAGUAGCAACUACACAGGUUAAUGAGAAGUUGGAUACCAGCAUCACCCAAGUCACGCAGCCUGUCCAGGUUACCAGCACACAGGUGGAAACUGCAGUGACAACUGCCUUUGAGACACAGACACAGCAGGAGCAAAGAGUGGAGACUGCAGUAUUUACGCCUCAGCCUGUUGUAAGGACAGUUGUUGAGACUCAACAAGACGAGCGGACUGAAGUGGCUCAGCUGCCUGAUGUCACAUCUGUCGUUGACACUGUUGUUGUCCAGACUGAACAGUCUGUCAGUUUUGUGACUCCACUGCCUGUCGUUAAUACCCAGAUCGUUACUGAGACUCAAGUAGAUACCCAGUAUCAAGAAGUGGUUCAGACAGAGCAAGCUUUUGCAACUGUUGAGAACACUCGCACUGAAGUAGUGCAAGUUACAGAUAAUCGCAUUGAUUAUAUUACUUCAACUGUGGUCAGCAAUGAGGUGGUGACCCAGACUAGCACUCAAGUAGAAGAUCGUCAACAGUUUGAAACCCAGUAUGUGGAGCAGGUAGUAACAUCCACACAGGUGGUGGAUCAGCUAGACGAGCGCUUUGUCACUAGUACCUCUUAUGUUCAAGCCACUGAUUACCAGACCAUCACAGGUGCUGCAGACGUACGCGAAGAAAUUGUUACUGUAACAGAAGAUCAAGUCCAAGUCGUCACACAGACUGUUGGUAACACAGUAGAACAGACUGUUAACCAGGUGGUGACAGCACCCUGCCAACAGACCCAGACUGGCUAUAACUACAACAACCCUGCCCGUCCCUUUACUUAUGGUUAACUAUUCUUUUGUACAAUAAUAAAAGUAAACCGUAAUAAUAGUACGAAAUGUUAUACAUACUUAGUCCUUUCUUGAGCAGGACAGGCGUUAACUAUAUCUGUCAAUAUGUUUGUGAUGUGCCAUUGCCAUUACCGGCUAGCAGUUCAGUGUUUGUUGCAGAAUAUUUAUAUCUUCAAGCAUUUUCAAUAUCCGAGUAAACGAUGAUUCAAAGAAUCACUGUAUUACCAACUUGUGAGAAGAAAAAAUGGUGGAGUUCAUAUGCUGCGCAUAACUCAACCACAAAGAGUACUUUGUAUAAGAUGUACGCAUAUUAAACUUAAAGAAAAUGAA